CCGGGCUGCCUCGCUGAGCGAACAAAAGGCGCAGUACAGAGCAACACUUUUUGCGCAUGACGCGACCCCCGACGCACCGACGUUCCGGUCUGAGCUUGUGAAAUUCUUCGCUGUACGGUAACUAGACUAUUUCGCCUACGCUAGUGGGCUUCUCGCGCCGUCCCGAUUGCGUAGCUUUGUUAACGUCCGUGCCCUCGAUGGACUCCCAAAGUCAGAUCCAGAGCUCACUUGACGCUCACAGCCCGAGAAGCAUAGGCGGUGGACUGAGUAAUGGCGCAAAGCGCCCGUAUGAAGGCAGCAGUAGCGAGAGCGUCGUCAGCUUUGCCACCGACAGUGUUAGCGUAACACAGUCCAUGUCCGCCAGUGUCACUAAUUCUGUCCUCGGCCCCGAUGGAAAGCGCCCAGCGAAAUCGUCUGUCUCCACCGCUGGGUGCCGUCAGCGCGUUACUGUAGUCUGCGCCGAGUGUAAACGCCUCAAGCUCAAAUGCGACAGGCGCACACCCUGCGGAUCAUGCACAAAACGUGACACGAUCCCGAGAUGCAUAUAUUCGCAGGCCGCGGCCGAGAAAGUAGACGUCCAAUCUCUCAACAUCCGCCUUCAGGCUGUUGAAGGGAAGUUGAAUGGCAUAGGUCUGCCCGCUGAUCAAUCGUCCUCUGGUGCGGGCCCUUCCAACUCUCGUACUGCUAUCCCUUCUUCGGCUUCAGUGACUAGAGGCCGACCUCGCGCCUUCCUCGCUGUCGGUGCACACGGCACAUCAGUCGCCGUCAAUCUCGAAGGUGUCACAGGCCUUUGGGUCGACCAUCUUGGACUGAGACCUUCCGUGGCGAACGCGCGAGCUAUCCCCUCAAAUCUGGGUGAACUGGAAAUAGAAAAGGAGUUCUGGGCUGCGCAAGAGAAAUAUGCUGCUAAAGAGGGUAUUAGCGGCCUCGAAUUGCGUCCAUUCCCGUCAAUGCCGAACGAGGGCGUUCUUGAAAUCCUGGAGGAGUCCUCGAAGCUCUUUCGUAUCCCCAAUUCCCUUUUAUCUUCUGCUCGUUCUGACACAGGCGACUAUGUCGUAGUCAACGAUGGAGAUGCUGAGCACGACCACGAACGUCAUGCCGGUGAAGAACGCGAAGAUGAGGAUAGUGAUCAGAUUGGCGUGUCCCCAAAGCUUGUGCGUUAUGCCUUCCCUCCUGCGAAUGUCCGCGCCGAAAUCUACAAACGCUAUGAAGCGUACCAUCUCUUGGCACCGUUUGUCAAUUUCUUUGUCUUCAAAAGCCGGACCGAGGAAAUGUGCCGGUGGGCGGAUGCAGAACUUAGCGGAUCCGGAAGAAUGAACGAGCCGCCUCCGACAACAGGUACUUCGACCUCAACGACGCCGCCAGCAGCGAGAUCUGUCACAACUGGUCCGUUCGCACCUCCAACACUCAGCUUCUUUGCAGCGGCCUCGAUGGGCCUGGCAGUCGGCGCACAAAUCUGGCUCGCUGAACGAGAAGCGCUCUCAGGCGACGGUAAUGCGGGUAUGGGUACCACGGAACACGUAUCGAGUCCCGGUACAUCGAAUGCCGUUCCCGGACCCAGCACGAAUUCAUUUGACAAAUCAAUGCCUCCACCUCCGCCUCCUGGCACUUCAUUUGACAACGGCCCGUCAACGUCGCGUCGUUCUCCCGAUACUUCGACUUCCCAGACGCAGGGCGCUCCUGAACUCGAUCCGCGCGUUCCGGGGAAGUUGUACCGACUUGCAAAACUUGCCCUAGGAUUAUCGCUUGAGCGUGGAGGUUACGAGGCUUUUGACUUAGAUUAUGUCCACGCCAAGUGUUUACAGGCGCGUUAUCUGCUCAUUUCACACCAUGGUUUGGGUGAACGCGGUACAGAUGCUUUGCGUGGUCUGGGCGUCGGGAGAAGAAAGAAGAUCGAAAAGAAGGGCGGCAAGGGAAAAGCUGGUCCGAACGGGAUAUUGCCUACCGAUGAAGACAGCGAAGAAGCGGAUGCGGUUAUGGGCGAUGCGUGUAAUGAGCCGUCAUCUUCUCAAGCUAAUGCAAACCCGUCUGCAAGAGGGAAGGGGAAAGCAAGAGCCUCUGCACGCGGUCCAACACUGGCACUUGCGCCUGAAAUGGUUGGCGCUGUGGGCGAUGCAGUUGCGAACGCUCGUAUGAUGGGUCUCAACCACGAUCCGGAGCUAACAGGCGGCGGGAGAUUUUCUCUGUAUGAAAUAGAGAUGCGGAGAAGGCUCUGGUGGGAGGUUGUUUCUCUCGAUGCAUUCGUAUCAGGAUGUCUUGGGGAGAGUCCAUUCAUCAACGACAAUAGUGCCACAACAGAAUUUCCUACCGAUGUGGAUGAGGAAAGCUUCGGUCCUGAUUCCGCGAAUCGCCCUGCACCGAAUAUUGAGACCUUGCAUGGAAACAUCGACUUCUUUGUUCAGCAAUGCAGACUUGUGGCUCUUGGGAAGAAGCUUUCGCGAAAGGCUGCUGCCUUCAGGGAACUUCACCCAGACGCACGCCCCUCGGAUACACACGAAUUGGUUGACACGAUGAAGAAAGAGAUUGCAAGCUUUCUGACGAAUCUUCCUGAUUAUCUUAAACUGAAGGACUUGCCUUCUCCGACUCGUGCAGAGUCGAGGCUCAUGUCACCGUCUUCGAAGAAGCCAGUGACAUCGCCAGGUGAUCGCGAGAGUUCAGUAUCGGCUGACCCUCCUCCGCAUUUGCUCAUGAUGCGCAGCGUUCUAGCUAUUCACGCUAGGCAGCUCUUCAUGACGCUUUGUUUGCCCUUUACGACAGUCAGGAUCAGCUCGAAUACCUCAGGGAGCAAAGUGAGUUGGGAUGCAAGAAGAAGUGCCUUCGGUACGGACAAUCUGGGACCGUCGUUGCGUGGCCUCGAUUCGCUCGUGUUACUUGAACCGGCAAUUUUCAUUGUUCAAGUAUGGAAGCAUCUGCACAGUUCGGUGCGCGAAAUACGCCCAGCGAUGUUUAUGUGCUUUCAGUUCAAUAAGGUGUUCUUCGACGCCACGGUCGUAUUGGGUCAUCUUGCAAUCGAGCACCCAUUGCUAGCCGGUACGGCAUUGGCAACUCUUCGUGUAGCAAGCGAAGUUAUCCGUGACCCGUCGGUACUUACUGGACGGCUAUCGGCGGACGAAGAUGGGUGUGGACUACCCAACGAGGCAGUGAGAAUCGUCGAAGAACUGGUGUUGAAGGCGGAGAGCACGGCCCACGAAGCUAUUUCGGGAGGUGGACUAGGCUUAGGAUUCGGCGGAUUAGGCACGUCAACGCCACCUAUUGCGAAGAGGAAGAUUGAAGAAGUUGAGACGGCGGGUUCUGAUCUCUUGUAUCACUUCCGGUUCCCAUUCGUUGGCGCAGGUGUCGUCAGUGCGGGUCCUCCUCCAGCCAGUGCUGGGACCGCUGGGCCGACAUCUGACGCCUCGCCUUUGACCGACGGCGGCAAUGCGGUCGUUCCGAAACCGAGCGAGCCGACGAAGAGCGGGAAUAUGCGGUCAAAGCACGCCUCCGCAUCGGAUGCCGCCGCCGCAGGUGAUCCAAGACCAGCAACGUCGAAGCUCAAGUCACAUCAUCCAACGCUUUCCGUGCGCAGUAGAGUGAAGAAUAAGGAUUCGUCUCGUGCACGCGCAAACAGUGCAACGUCUCAGCGUUCGGAUUCUUCUCACAUGCUUCUGCCUAUGAAUCCCGUUCGGUCGUCUAACUCUUCGAUUUCUCCGGCUCAUGCGACGCACGAUCACAAUGUCCCUCCGAAUGCGGCUUCUGUCGAGUCCUCAACUCCGGUGUUGGGUCCGUACCCUAGUCCUUUAUCGUCGGCACCUGGUCCUGGCCCUCCACACUUUACCCCGCCGGGCACGAGCAGCGGUUCAUCGUCUCAGCAACAAACCGGUGGCAAUGAGUUCACUUCCGCAUUUCAUGACACAGGAGCCUUUUCCAGUGGAUCACCCGCUUCUUAUGGCCCGCCGUUCCAAUCUCAGCAAGGCUCUUCAUUGACCGUACCGUCACAUGUCGGGUUUGAUGGCUUUGGCGUCGGCUCUUCUGGACAAGGACAAGGCAGAAUGUCGCUGGGUGGUGGAGAGGCUCCGCCAUUUUCGUUUGGCUCGACCAAUGGAAUUGACAGGCCUGUAGGAUUGCAUUCAUCUUCCCCGUUCGAUGCUCUUGGAGGCCUACCUCGUCCGCCAUCCGAUCAAGACCGUCCGUUCUCUAGAAACCUCGUUGAACCUCGGAAUCAGGGUGCAGAUGAAUCCAUGACAACUUCAAUGCAAUCGUUGGAAUCACAGCAACCGCAUCCGCCUCAGAUUUAUCAUUCUCAUCCACAUUCGCAGUCGCAACCACACUCUGAAUCCCUGGUUGGCCAGCAAGGCUGGGGUCAGAACGGGGGUGUAUAUCCAACGACUUGGUAUUAUCAAUGAUGAGUGCCGUUGACUCGCAGUGCAAUGAUGGACAUGGUUAAAUCUUGUCCUUCACGAUGAUAUUGAGAUUGUCGAUAUUGUCGGCCUCUGUGGUCGCCAAUACAGCGACAAGGUUUAUAUGUAUUGGGUCACCCUGAAUUCUUGUGUUUCCGCCAGCCACCACACGCUGCAUGCGAAGAACCUCGCACCAUUUUCUGUCUUUUCCGUCAGGUCUAGUGAUUGGUUAUGACGUCCCUUAGAAGGUGCUAUACGAAACGAAACGACAUUGCUACUCUGACCUUGCCUAUACGUUCGGUUGCAUUAUCAUCUCUAUCACCUCCAUCAAAUGUCACGUUAAGUCAAAUCCAAUCCCUGGUUUCAACAAGUUUGUCCCGCACUAUAUUGGUGUAUCUUGCUUCAUGUCCUUCCCCGACAUCGAUGUUCCCAAUUUCAUAUAUCCCUUUGACGCCUCUCUUCACCUACCUCAUCGUCAUAAAUGUAUCCCUUCAAUCAUCUUUGUUCUCUCUUUUUUUCUUGGUUUAUUCGCCUACUUUCGUCUAUUUCCUUGGUGUUUGGUCUGGUCUCAUCAUCAGCAUUUGUCUCACUAUAGAUUUGAUUUGAUUUAUUGUAUGUUACGUGUGUCUUGUUUUACACGUGCGUUUUCUAUAUAUUUUAUGCUCAUCUUGGGCGUUGUUCUAUCUUCGUCCUUAUCCUUACUCUUUCCCUCCUCUUCCUUCUUCCUUCUUCCGUCUUUCCCUCCUCUUCCUCUCUUCCUCUUAACCGACUCACCCUCACGUGUUUGCCACGUUGACCUCCCAAGAUCCCAACUCCUAUCCCCUACUCCUUUACUCUCAUCCACUCAGUAUCUACACCGUC